CAUCCUGAACAACGCUUGGCUGAUCAGUGAACUGCACUUAAUCACUUAAUUCAAGGUUGAUUUCCUAGAUUGCGUGUUUACAUCUUGUAACUAAACGUUAAUGUUAGCAUUUGUGUGAUCGGAGCCUCAGUUGACGCUGUAUCUGUACGUUCAGUACUUCCUCUGUCUCUGUCACUUCUGUUUUUCAUACAACUACAGAAUGUCCAGUAUUUUCAUUUGCAUGAGAUAAAGUCCAUAAUCCUACAUCCAACACUAACCAGAGGCUCUUUGGUACUAGCUACUGGGAAGCAAAGGCUCAGAGGACACAUAGGAACAGAAAGUUAUUUAAUGGUUUUAAUUAAUUGAUGCAGCUGUUUUUAAAACCAAACUGAAAUCAUGGGAGUGAAAAAGGGACUGGUUUUGUUGGAAGAGGAAGCAUCUACAGGCAACAUUUGCUUCAGCCAGUACCGACAACUGGCCCAUUACUUCUCCUUACUCUGCUUCCUGCUCACCAUCAUCACUCUGCUCCUGACUCUCUGCUUGGUUCAGACCACCUUUAUGUUUCAGUCACAGUCGACCGAGCAGAAAACCAAACUUGGAGAUCUGAUUAAUAGACUAGAGAAGCUCAACAAGUCGUACCAGCUCCUGUUCUCCCAGUAUCCUGCUCUGAACCAGUACUGCCCAGUCAGUAACUCCACUACUGGAGACAGAAAGUGCAGUCUGUGCCCAGCUGGCUGGACGCCUCAGGGAGACAAGUGCUUCCUGUUCAGCCAGGACCGGGCUGAGUGGAUCAGCAGCCAAUACCGAUGCAUGACACUGGGGGGCGCUGUCGCCACAGUCCGAACCGAGGAGGAGCAGGUGUUUCUGUGGAAAACGGCCCAGGGUCUGAGCCAGGGGGACUCGUACUGGCUCGGGCUGAGGGGCAGUGCUCAUGGGCGCUGGCAGUGGAGUGACGGCACAGACCUGGAGGAAGGGCCAAAGUAAGUACAGAGGUUUUGGGAGCGUGAGCCUGACACUGCAGCCGACAGCAGGGAGCUGUGUGGCCGACUCACCCCAGGGGACAACUACAGGAGGAGCUGGUUCUCCUCCAGAUGCUCCAACUCACUGAGGAGCAUCUGUGAGAGGAGACA